UGCCCGCGGCGCCGGCCGCUGCGUGCGGAGAUGGGGGCGCUGGGUCGCGCGGCCGCUCUGCUGCUGCUGCUGCUGCUGCGCGGGGCGCUGGCGGGUACCGGCGGGGGGCGGGGCCGGGCCGUUGCCAUGGUAACACUGUGCCCCUCUUUCUUCGCAGGGAUUCUCCUGCCGCCGCCCGCGCGGGCCGCCGCCGCCACCUGGCCAAAAUGCUACUUGUAUGGUUUGCCUGGAUGUCCAAAGAACUUUAACCCAGUUUGUGGGACUGAUGGGCACACUUAUCCAAAUGAGUGUGCACUUUGCCUUUCAAACAGGGAAAAUAGGAGGGAUGUCAAAAUUCGCUGGAAGGGAUACUGCUAAUAUGGUAGUAUUAAACUUUGAAGAAUAUGGAACAGAGGAAAGCCAGAUUGAAGAGGAAACAGUGUCUUAAAUUUGCUGUCUGUGUAGUUUAGUCUGUUCAAAUAAAAUGCCUAUUUUGCGCUUAUA